CUAGCAGUGUACUUACCUGUCCAGAGCCACUAACAGCACCACCAUGACGGACCAGGCCCCCUUCAACACCGAUGUUAUUACCCUGACUCGCUUCGUUAUGGAGGAGGGCAGGAAAGCCAAGGGGACCGGAGAAUUAACUCAACUCCUUAACUCGAUGUGCACGGCUAUAAAAGCAAUCUCUUCCGCAGUGCGCAAAGCUGGCCUGGCCAACCUCUAUGGUAUUGCCGGAUCCACUAAUGUGACAGGGGACCAAGUGAAAAAACUAGAUGUCCUCUCCAAUGACCUUGUUAUCAACAUGCUCAAGUCCUCAUACAGUGCCUGUGUCCUAGUGUCAGAAGAAGACCAGCAUGCUCUGAUUGUGGAGCCUGAAAAACGGGGUAAAUACGUGGUGUGCUUUGAUCCUUUGGAUGGCUCUUCGAACAUUGACUGCCUGGCUUCUAUUGGUACAAUAUUUUCCAUCUACAAAAAGACUACAGAAGGAGAGCCAACUGAAAAAGAUGCUCUACAACCAGGACGAAACAUUGUUGCUGCAGGCUAUGCCCUAUAUGGCAGUGCAACAAUGUUGGUUCUUGCCACAGAAUGUGGUGUCAACUGUUUCAUGUUGGACCCAGCAAUUGGAGAGUUCAUUUUAGUAAACCAGGAUGUGAAAAUCAAAAAGAAGGGCAACAUUUACAGCCUGAAUGAGGGUUAUGCCAAGUAUUCUGAUGAAGCAGUUACUGAAUACUUACAGAAAAAGAAAUUUCCAGAAGAUGGGAGCUCACCCUACGGUGCAAGGUAUGUUGGUUCAAUGGUAGCUGAUGUGCAUCGUACAUUGGUUUAUGGAGGAAUCUUUCUAUACCCAGCCAAUGUAAAGAGCCCAAAGGGCAAGCUGAGGCUUCUGUAUGAGUGCAACCCAAUGGCUUUCAUUAUGGAGAAGGCCGGAGGAAUGGCUACUAAUGGACUUGAGUCAGUUCUUGAUGUAGUACCUGAGAGUAUCCACCAGAGGAUGCCAGUAGCUUUGGGCUCCCCAGAUGAUGUGCAGGAAUAUAUUAACAUUUACAAGAAAUAUGCAAAGAAAUAAAGGACAGCUGAAUGGAUUUCAUAUCAAGAAGGACCAAAGAAUAAACCAGCAGCUUCUUUUUAAUGUGCCAAAACAUAAAGAAAUAUGUUUACUUUUGUACACAAUAACAAAUAGAUUUUUAUAUUAUUGA